AUGCAAAGAAAACGGGAUUAUAAGGUAUAUCAGAUCCUCUUAAAUUCAGAAUGUAUGCUACUUCGUCCAAAGCUGAGAUUACAAGUGCUUUGACAUUAUUUUUAUUCAUUACUUCUCUACACAGUUUCACUUUUUUCCCUGCAUUACAUCCAGAAAAUUGUAAUGGUUGAGGUAAAACAAUGUUAGCUGUAGGAGCAGGCUGUUCAUUACCCCAAACCUUAUCAAUUAGAUUCUCUUCAAGAGGCAUCAAACAAUGACCAGCAGCAGUUAGACUGGUAUGUAAAACUGCCCAUUCUGUGUAACUUAUUAAAUUAGCAUCUGCUCCAACGGUAGACUUAGGAGGUAAAUUAGAAAUCAACCAUGCAGCUCUGGUUGGAGUAUCUAAUAAACCUUCUUUCAUUAAAGUCCAUGCCUCUGGUGGAUCAAAUUCUGCUAUAGCUUGCACAUAGUAUCUUCCAUCAGUCCAUAGCAUAGCUUUAUUCGGUGUAAUAAUUGCAGUACCAAAAGAACCAGUGAAACCACUUAUGAAACGAAUCCUUUUAUCAUGAUCUCUUAAAUAUUCUGAUUGAUGAGCGUCAUCUGAACUUACAACCAAAGCCUGAAUACCUUUUCCUUUAAGACCACCUAUUUGGACAGCUUCCAUUAAUUCUCGAAGUUUGACUAAUUUAAUAGCACUAGUUUUUUGUGCCAUAUUGAUGUUUGUAUUAUAGCAAGCUUUUAGUACUAUAUAGAAUACUAAAAUAAAAUAAUAUUUGAUUUAAUAUAAAUUUUCGAAAUUAUGUGUGAUUAAUGUGAUAUUUAUUUCUAUUUUACUGAAUAUUGAAAUAUUAAAAAUAAAAUAUGAAUUUAAUAUACUUACUAACGGUACAUAUAUUGUAUAACGGUACGUAUAUGCGAAGAACUUAAUUUAUCCCAUGUAUUUUCAAUUUUAUCGUCACCUUAUCUUAUCGUAACGAGAUAGUCUUAUCCAGACAUUUCAGAAAAUAUUAAACAAUUCUGUCUCUUAUUCCUUAUUGUAAAUAUAAACUAUAAAUUAAAUAUUUUAUAUAUUGAUGUUUGAAAGUAUGACGUCUUCAGUAUCGAUUAUUGUUUUGUAUGAGGUUAGAGAGGACGCGAUGUCUUUCGAUAUUCAGUAAAAUAUUUAUAGGUAAAGUGUACAGUUCAAGCUAUAAUUUUUCCACUCUUAUCUUCAAAAUAAUUUUAGCUUUUGUUAUUCUUGAACUUGAAAUAAAAUAGUAAUAUAUAUUGUAAUUUUUUGCGCUGUUAUAACUUAAUUCACAAAACAAAAUUCUCAUCAGCAUCAUAAUAUAAAUUGAAAAAUAAUUUUUCUCAGUUUCAAUAAUACUUAUUGAAGUGUAUUUUAUAUAUUAAGGUGUAAAAUUAAAAAAUAAUAUAAAAAAUAUAUAACUGUUUAUAUCGAUUAAAAAAGAUUGAUUUGUAAAAAAACAACAGUAUCAUAUUUAUGUAGGAAAUAUAACAUCAUAUGUAAGUAUGUACAUACAUGUACAUAUGCACAAUAUAUGUACAAUAUAUGUACAAGUUGAUAUAAUUUACUACAAAAGGUAAAUCUUUUCUAGGAUGUUAUAUUUAACAAGAUAUUGUACGUCAAUAAUAACAAAAAACAGCAUAAUAAGAUUCCUACCAAUUAAAAAAAAUUUAUAUACAAAUACUCCAAAAUCAAUAGUUACAAAUUCAACCUUUACUUUCAUAAAAAGGAAUUCCAAUUUGUAUAAGGUGCUGUAUAUUAAUUUUUUAAAUUAAACAUACAAAAUAAUACAUUAUUAAAUAAUUUUGUGCUCUAUUGUCAUAGGAUUUAGUUAAAAGGGAUGCCAAUAUGGCAAGAAGCUUUGCAACAAAAUCAGCUGAAAAAUCAAAUAAAUCUGUUGGGAAAUGGUUAUUAACUUGCAGUGGCAUGGUUUUUGUAGCUGUCAUACUAGGAGGUAUAACAAGACUUACAGAAUCAGGUUUAUCCAUGGUUACUUGGAAAUUACUUGGUGAAAAAAUGCCUACCACUGAAAGUCAAUGGCAUGCAGAAUUUGAACGUUACAAGCAAUUUCCUGAGUAUAAGACCAAUAAUCAAAAUAUGAUAUUAGAAGAAUUUAAACGUAUUUGGUGGAUGGAAUAUUUGCACAGAAUGUGGGGACGUUUGAUAGGUGCAGUAUUCAUAAUUCCAGCAACUUAUUUCUGGGCAAAAGGUAUGCUAACACGAAGCAUGAAAAUCAGAGUAGCUGUUUUGGGCUCAUUAAUUGGCUUACAAGGACUUAUGGGUUGGUACAUGGUUAAAUCGGGUCUGGAAGAUCGUUUUGUGGAACCAUCAGAUAUACCUCGUGUUUCACAAUAUCGCCUGGCUACACAUUUAGGAGUGGCACUUAUUAUAUAUACAGGAUUUUUAUAUAAUGCUUUGGAUUAUUUAAUACCUGCUCAAAAAAUAAAUCUUAAUCAUUCAAAUGACAUUACUCUAAAGUUGAAGUUGAAGAGAUUUAGAACAUUAGUUCACUCGACAAAGGGAUUGGUCUUCCUUACCGCUUUAUCAGGAGCUUUCGUUGCAGGCACAGAUGCAGGUCUGAUAUAUAACACGUUCCCAAAAAUGGCAAAUAAAUGGAUACCGGAUGAUAUAUUUAUAUCAUCACCUUUGUUGAAAAAUUUUACAGAAAAUCCAACUACUAUACAGUUCGAUCAUAGAAUACUGGGUAUCACAACUUUAUCAUUAAUAACUUAUAUUGCAACUAUAUCUCGUAAAUAUAAACUUCCUGGAAAUGCAAAGAAAGCUAUUACAGCUGUACUUUAUGCUGGCUAUUUGCAAGUAUUAUUAGGAAUUUUGACAUUAGUAUAUCAUGUACCUGUAUUACUAGGUGUGUGCCAUCAAUCUGGCAGUCUCAUAGUUUUAAGUACAAUGAUAUGGUUGUGUCAUGAAUUAAAAUAUUUGAAAUAUGUAUUAAAAUAAAUUUAUGAUAUCAUAUAACAUUUUAUUAUUUUAUACUGCUCCAAAAUUAACAAAAAAAUGCUACAAUAAUUUCACAACGUGACGCUUUAUUUGACAAUGCAUUAAAUUAUAAUAAUCAAUAUUCAUGGAAAUUAAUUUACAUACAUUUAUUUUAAAGUAAUCAAAGUUUACAAUCAAAGUUUAAGUAUUUCCAUAUUACUAAAUUUUAUUUUUUAAUUUCAUGUUUAAAAGAACAAAUAAAUUUGAAGAUAAUAUUAAACAAAUAUUAGUAGCGUUUUUUUUAGAUUAUACUUUACGAACCUGA